UAAAAUAUAAUUCUUAGAUCUUAUUUUUCAGAUUGAGUUACUUUUUGGAAGCAAAGCUUGCAUGGAAAUGCGGGAAACUGCAAUAAGUUUGACAAAGCGUCUAGCUCAAACAGCCCAGGAAACUUUUGGUGAUUUUGAAGAAGCUGUUGAAAAGGAUGCCACAAAAACUGCCGUUCUUGAUGGAACCGUCCAUCCUUUGACAAGCUACGUGAUAAACUAUGUAAAGUUUCUUUUCGAUUAUCAGUCUACACUGAAGCAACUUUUUCAAGAGUUUGAUGAAGGUGAGCCAGAGUCUCAGUUAUCAAAGGUUACUACAAGGAUUAUGCAGGCUCUUCAGAACAACCUGGAUGGAAAAUCUAAGCAGUAUAAAGAUCCUGCACUCACUCAGUUAUUUCUCAUGAACAACAUUCACUACGUAGUGAGAUCCGUGCGGAGGUCAGAAGCAAAGGAUUUGUUGGGGGAUGACUGGGUGCAGAUACACCGAAGGAUCGUGCAGCAGCAUGCAAAUCAAUAUAAGAGGGUUUCUUGGGCAAAGAUUCUGCAGUGUCUUACCGUUCAGGGCGGAAAUCCAUCAGGUGGUGAUAGCAGUUCGCUUUCAAGAGCAAUGGUGAAAGAUCGUUUCAAGACCUUCAACACGCAGUUUGAGGAGCUUCAUCAAAAGCAAUCUCAGUGGACAGUUCCUGACAGUGAAUUGCGAGAGUCUUUAAGGCUAGCUGUUGCUGAAAUCCUCUUGCCUGCUUACAGAUCAUUCAUCAAACGUUUCGGGCAUACGGUCGAGAACGGAAAAAACCCGGGGAAGUAUAUAAAGCUACGUCCGGAGAAUAUUGAGUCAAUGCUGAAUGAAUUUUUUGAGAGUAAGACGUGGGGAGAACAGAAGCGAUAGGUAGUUGACAUGCCUGUUUUGAGAAGUAGGGACUUAGCUUCCAAUGGUAGUCUUUGUACAAUUUAAGAUGAGGUUAAAUAAUAACCGAUGUUAUAUGCCCCUUGUAAAGCUUUCAAUUAAUCAUUCAAGUUCUUUUUACGUUUUUGAUUUUCAGCUACCAAAUGAGAAAUGUGCAGGAAAUAUUCGUUUCUGUGCAAAUGUUAAAAGAAAACAUAAUACGAGAUAAUUGCUAUUAGCAUUUUUAAA